AUGCUUCUUUUAGAAUGGCUUAAUACCGGCAGUAUGAAUUACGCACGAUAUAUGCACACAGCAUCUGUAUUAACCGAUGGAAAAGUACUAGUUGCUGCUGGAUAUGGCGACAGUGGUAACAUGAAUAGUGCGGAAUUAUAUGAUCCGUCAACAGGCAGUUGGACCACCACUGGAAACUUAAAUAAUGCACGAUCUUCUCAUACUGCAUCCGUAUUAGCUGAUGGGAAAGUGUUAGUUGCUGGUGGAGCGGGUAGUAUGAAUCGUGCUGAGUUGUAUGAUCCAUCAACAGGUAUUUGGACCACUACUGGCAACUUAAAUAAUGGACGGUCGGGUCAUACUGCAUCAGUAUUAACUGAUGGAAAAAUAUUAAUUACUGGUGGAGAGGGUAAUAUGAAUUGUGCUGAGUUGUAUGAUCCGUCGACAGGUAGUUGGACCUCUACUGACAAUUUAACUAAUGCACGAUAUCAGCAGACAGCAUCCGUAUUACUCGAUGGAAAAGUGUUAGUAACUGGUGGAAGGAAUACUACUGGUAUUACUCCUCUAAAUAGUGCUGAGUUAUUUGAUCCAUUAACGAGAACUUGGACCACUACUGGCAACUUAAAUAAUAGACGUUGGGGACACACAGCAUCUGUAUUAACCGAUGGAAAAGUGUUAAUUGCUGGCGGAACGAAUGAUACUAGUAAUAUUCUAAAGAGUGUUGAGCUAUAUGAUCCAUCAACAGGUAGUUGGACAACUACUGGCAAUUUAAAUUAUGCACGAGUUGAUCACACAGCAUCCGUAUUAACCGAUGGAAAAGUGUUAGUUACCGGUGGAGCUUUUUUUGUGAAUAGUGCUGAGUUGUAUGAUCCAUCAACAGGUAGUUGGACCAUCACUGACAACUUAAAUAAUGUACGAUUUGAUCAUACUGAAUCAGUAUUAACUGAUGGAAAAGUGUUAGUUACUGGUGGAGCUAAUGGUAUUAAUCGUUUGAGUAGUGCUGAAUUAUAUUAA